CCAGUGUCUCGCGUUACGUCCAAUCUCAGUACUAUAUAUUCCCCAGCAUAACGCCAACUCCUGUAUUGAACGUCCACCUUCGAUCGUCUAUUAGAUUGCCCAUCAGCUUGUCCAUCAGCAAACUCACUCGCGUGUCUUACUAAACACUAAUCAUGUUGCAAACUUUCGAGCAAGCACACUCCACACCAGUACACUAUGCGUCGUUGCCUACACCUCCAACAUCCACAGCCGGUUCACCCUCAACUUCGUCCGCAAACCUGAGCAAGACUACAGAAAUGACCAUUCCUCACCGUCACCACAUCCUCAUCGUCACCGGUCCAGCAGGCUGCGGGAAGAGCACUAUUGCCAAGUAUCUCAGCGACCGCUAUGGAUUUGAAUACAUCGAGGGCGACGAGUAUCACCCAAAAGCCAACAUCGACAAGAUGGCAGCCGGCUUUCCACUGAACGACGAAGACCGCUGGGAUUGGCUGAUUCUUCUCCGCGACCAAGCUCUGAAGGACCUCAAGAACGGUGCAAAGGGCGUCGUCAUCACCUGCAGCGCUCUGAAGAAGAAGUACCGAGAUGUCAUCCGGACCGCCAAGCUGUAUGACGAGGAGCCAGACGCCAACGUGCACUUCGUAUACCUCCGCGCCGACAAGGAGACUCUUCUCGCCCGCGUCCGCGGUAGGCAAGGUCACUACAUGAAGGAUAGCAUGGUCGAGAGCCAGUUCGCGGCGCUCGAGGAGCCCGACGAGCUCGAAGUCAAACAACUCAAGGACGUCGAGAUCGUUGAAGUCAAGGGCAAUAUUGAGGAAGUGUCUCAGCUUGCAUCUGCCGCUGUCGACAAGGUGCUUGUCUCGCGGUAGCCUUCAAACUAAGAUUCUUUCGUCUGCUAUUACUGUUUCCGGUCGCAUCUGCAGAGCUGGUAUCCUGAGCGUUCAGCAUAAUUGGCGUUGGAUUCUGGCUAUUUUCGGCGUAAUCUAUGUGGUAUAUAC